AUGAUGGAGUCCACAUACGGCGAGACGCUCACAGACCUCAACGCUUCAGUGGGUGAAAAAGAAGCUGUCGAUAGCAGCUGGUUUAUGAAGCCAGAAAUCACCGCCAUCAAUGACCGCGAUCAAGCUUCCGGUUUCCAAGCCCGCGAGCUCGGAGUCACAUUCCAGAAUCUCACUGUCGAGGCUAUCAGUGCUGAUGCAGCCAUCCACGAAAAUGUCGUCUCCCAGUUCAACAUCCCCAAACUGAUAAAGGAAUCUCGCCAAAAGCCGCCUUUGAAGAAAAUCCUCGACAAUGCUCAUGGAUGUGUCAAGCCCGGGGAGAUGCUCCUCGUGCUGGGUCGACCAGGGUCCGGAUGUACCACACUACUCAACAUGUUGGCCAACCGACGACAUGGAUAUGCUCAGAUUUCCGGCGACGUUUCCUUUGGUUCCAUGAAGGCCGAAGAGGCAAAACGCUAUCGGGGCCAAAUUAUCAUGAACACUGAAGAGGAAAUCUUCUUCCCAUCUUUGACUGUGGGACAGACUAUGGACUUUGCAACACGAUUAAAGGUACCAUAUAAUCUACCCAAUGGUAUCACUAGCCAGGAGGAAAUUCGCCAGGAGACCCGAAAGUUUCUACUCAAGUCCAUGGGUAUUGAGCACACGGAAGAUACCAAAGUCGGCGAUGCUUUUGUCCGAGGUGUUUCUGGAGGAGAACGAAAGCGAGUAUCCAUCAUCGAGUGUCUCGCAUCCAAGGGCAGUGUCUUUUGCUGGGAUAACUCAACGCGUGGUCUUGAUGCCAGCACUGCUCUCGAGUGGGCAAAGGCCGUUCGAGCCAUGACCGAUGUCCUCGGCUUAGCUUCCAUCGUUACUCUAUACCAAGCCGGCAACGGUAUCUAUAACCUCUUCGACAAAGUUCUUGUUUUGGACGAAGGCAAAGAGAUCUACUACGGCCCCAUGCGCGAGGCUCGACCAUUCAUGGAGAACCUGGGCUUCAUCUGCGACGAUGGAGCCAACGUGGCUGACUUCCUCACCGGUGUGACCGUCCCUACCGAGAGAAAAGUCCGAGACGAGAUGAAGCUCAAGUUUCCCCGAACUGCAGGCGCCAUCCGCAGCGAAUACGAAAACACUGCUGUUUACAACCAAGCGAUAGCUGAAUACAACUACCCGACAACAGAGGAGGCGCAGACCAAGACCAAGUUGUUCCAAGAGGGCGUUGCCUAUGAAAAGGACAAGGGAUUGCCGGCAUCAAGCUCAUUCACAGUGAGCUUUUGGACUCAAGUGCGGACAUGUAUCAAGCGACAAUACCAGAUCAUCUGGGGUGACAAGGCAACUUUCUUCAUCAAGCAGUUCUCUACCAUUGUUCAAGCACUCAUUGCUGGUUCGCUUUUCUACAACGCUCCCGACACUACCGGAGGAUUAUUCGUGAAGUCCGGAGCUUGUUUCUUCGCUUUGCUUUUCAAUGCGCUGCUGUCCAUGUCCGAAGUCACCGAGUCAUUCAAAGGCCGCCCUGUCCUGAUUAAACACAAGUCAUUCGCAUACUUCCACCCCGCAGCCUUUUGCAUUGCGCAGAUUGCUGCUGAUAUCCCCGUCAUCCUGGUGCAAGUCUCUGCCUUCUCUCUGAUUCUGUAUUUCAUGGUUGGUUUGACAAUGUCUGCGGGCCACUUCUUCACUUUCUGGAUCAUUGUUGUGGCUACCACUUUCUGUAUGACUGCCCUUUUCAGAGCCAUCGGUGCAGCUUUCAGCACGUUUGAUGGCGCAUCCAAGGUUUCAGGUCUGAUCAUUUCUGCUACCAUCAUGUACAACGGCUACAUGAUUCAGAAGCCACGCAUGCACCCCUGGUUUGUCUGGCUCUUCUGGAUCGACCCAAUGGCUUAUGGAUUCGAUGCCAUUCUCUCAAACGAGUUUCACGGCAAGAUCAUCCCUUGUGUCGGCCCUAACAUUGUUCCCAAUGGCCCCGGUUUCACUGAUGCAGGCGCUCAAGCUUGUGCUGGUGUAGGUGGUGCCGUUCCGGGACAGACUUUUGUCGAUGGCGACUUGUACCUUGCGUCACUCUCUUACAGCCAUUCGCACGUAUGGAGGAACUUUGGAAUCAUCUGGGCAUGGUGGGCUCUGUUUGUGGCCAUUACCAUUUUCUUCACCACAAAGUGGAAGUUGUCGUCUGAGAACGGACCCAGCUUGCUUAUUCCCCGAGAGCAGUCCAAGCUUGUCAAGGCUGUUCGACAAGUCGACGAAGAGGGCCAGGUGUCGUCAGAAUCAGGUCACGUUUCAGAGAAGGAUGAUGCCACCGUCAAUGCCCAGUCCGAUAACAACUCGACUGAUGAUACCGUGGCCGCCCAAGGCAACCUCAUUCGCAAUUCCUCCGUUUUCACGUGGAAGAACCUCUGUUACACUGUCAAGACACCCUCAGGCGACCGUCUGUUGCUAGAUAACGUCCAAGGCUGGGUUAAGCCUGGAAACCUGACUGCUUUGAUGGGAUCGUCUGGUGCUGGAAAGACUACAUUGCUUGAUGUCCUUGCUCAGCGAAAGACUGAAGGUACUAUUCGUGGCUCCAUCCAGGUUGACGGUCGACCACUGCCCGUCUCUUUCCAACGAUCUGCCGGUUACUGUGAACAGCUCGAUGUGCACGAGGCCUACGCCACUGUCCGAGAAGCUUUGGAAUUCUCUGCUCUGCUCCGACAGAGCCGUGAUACGCCACGUGAGGAGAAGUUAGCCUAUGUAAACACCAUUAUCGAUCUCUUGGAACUUCACGAUAUUGCCGACACUUUGAUUGGCGAAGUAGGCGCGGGAUUGAGCGUUGAACAGCGCAAGCGUGUCACAAUUGGUGUUGAACUUGUCUCUAAGCCUAGCAUUUUGAUCUUCCUGGACGAGCCUACUUCUGGUCUGGAUGGCCAGUCUGCCUACCACACUGUCCGCUUCUUACGAAAGCUCGCUGCCGUCGGUCAAGCCGUUUUAGUCACGAUCCACCAGCCUUCUGCUCAACUGUUUGCUCAAUUCGAUACGCUUUUGUUGCUCGCAAAGGGUGGCAAGACUGUUUAUUUCGGAGAGAUUGGUGAUCAGGCCAAGGUCGUUAAGGAAUACUUUGCCCGUUACGAUGCCGCGUGCCCAACAGAGGUGAACCCUGCUGAGCACAUGAUUGACGUGGUUUCAGGACAGCUUUCCCAGGGCAAGGAUUGGAACGAGGUCUGGCUCGCAUCUCCCGAGUAUUCCAACAUGACCACGGAGCUUGAUCGAAUCAUUGACGAGGCUGCAUCGAAGCCUCCUGGUACUGUGGAUGACGGUAAUGAAUUCGCUACAACCCUCUGGGAGCAGACCAAGCUUGUCACUCAACGCAUGAAUGUCAGCUUGUACCGCAACGCCGACUACGUCAACAACAAGUUCGCUCUGCACAUCUUCUCGGCUCUGUUCAACGGCUUCUCUUUCUGGAUGAUCAAGGACUCCAUUGGCGAUUUGCAGCUGAAGCUCUUCACUAUCUUCAACUUCAUUUUCGUCGCGCCUGGUGUACUUGCCCAGCUGCAACCUCUCUUCAUCCACCGCCGAAACAUUUUCGAAACACGCGAGAAGAAGUCCAAGAUGUACUCAUGGAUUGCUUUUGUAACUGCUCUUAUUGUUUCGGAGAUUCCUUACCUCAUCGUCUGCGCCGUGCUCUACUUUGUGUGCUGGUAUUACACUGUGGGUUUCCCCGGCGACUCUCAUCGCGCCGGAGGAACCUUCUUUGUCAUGCUCUGUUAUGAGUUCCUCUACACCGGUAUGGGUCAGUUCAUUGCUGCGUACGCGCCUAACGAAGUCUUUGCUGUCUUGGCGAACCCUGUCGUCAUCGGAACCCUCGUGUCCUUUUGUGGUGUCUUGGUGCCUUAUGCCCAGAUUCAAGAGUUUUGGAGAUACUGGAUUUACUACCUCAAUCCUUUCAACUAUCUCAUGGGAAGCAUGUUGGUUUUCAACCUGUGGGGAGCCGAAAUCAAGUGUGCCGAGCACGAAUUCGCCACUUUCAAUCCUCCCAACGGCACAACCUGCGGAGACUAUCUCAAGGACUACUUGGCAGCAGGCCCAGGCGCAGUGGCAGAUCUCAUUAACCCCAGCGCCACGGCCAACUGCCAAGUGUGCUCAUACUCCAAGGGCCAAGAUUAUCUUCGCACGUUGAACCUGAAAGAAUACUACUACGGCUGGCGAGAUGCUGGUAUCGUGGUGCUGAUGGUGUUUAGCUCGUACGCUUUGGUGUACCUGCUGAUGAAGCUCCGAACGAAGAUGUCCAAGAAGGCUGAGUAG